AUGGCUAAAGCGGCGGUGGGCCAGAUAUGCUCGUCGAACUCGAUGGCGCAUAACCUCGAGCAGUGCGUGAAGCUCGUCGGCCAAGCUGCGGCUGCUGGCGCUAAAAUCCUCUUCCUCCCCGAAGCAUCCGACUACAUCGGCACCACCCCCCAAGAAUCCCUCUCCCUCGCCAAACCCGUCGCCACCUCCCCCUUCGUGACGGGCCUCCGCUCAGCCGCCGCACAGCACAAACUCGCCAUCCACGUCGGGAUCCACGUCCCCGUGUCCGUCAAGCCAGCCCCUACCCUCACCACCACCACCAGCCCCAUCCCACAAUCCUCGGAGGACAACCCUCCCCCAGUCUCAGCAGCAGCAGCAGAGCCAAAAACCAAACUCUACAACCGCACCAUCUACAUCCUCCCCGACGGCACCCUCCACCCCUCCGCCUCCUACGACAAGCUGCACCUCUUCGACUACCCCUCCGCCUCUCUCCGCGAGUCCAGCACAACCCAACCCGGCUCCUCUUUCACCCCCCCCUUCGCCUCCCCCAUCGGGCUGCUGGGAAGUCUGAUCUGUUUCGACCUUCGCUUCCCGGAAGCCGCCAUCUACCUCACCACCCCUGCCCCCUCUCCCAUCAACAACCCCGACCCCCCUACCACCACCACCACCACCACCAAACCCCAACCAAAACCCCAACCAAAACCCUUCCCAGCACCCGCCCAAAUCCUCCUCUACCCCUCCGCCUUCACAACCCCCACCGGCCGCGCGCACUGGGAGCCCUUGCUCCGCGCCCGCGCCAUCGAGACGCAGUCGUGGGUCAUCGCCUCCGCGCAGGUCGGCCUGCACAACCCCGGCCGAUCCCCGCGCCUGAGCUACGGGCGGAGCAUGGUCGUCGACCCCUGGGGUAAGGUGGUGUGUGUUUUGAAAGGGGUUCGUGAGACGGGAGGAGGAGGAGAAGAAAAAGUGGAGGUGGAGGUGGAGGACGGCGCGGUGGGGCAGUUGGGCAUCGUGGAUGUGGAUCUCGGGCAGUGGGAGAGGAUCAGGGCGCAGAUGCCGCUUGUGCGGAGGACGUGAGUUUUUUUUUUUUCCUCUUUCUUUUCCUUUUCUUGUGAACCUUGAUGCUUCAUGAUACUUCUCGGUGAUGUGAAGGUACGAAUUUCGUGAUUUAUACUGACUACUUCUAGGGAUGUCUACCCUCAAAUAUAACCAUAUAACCUUGGGCUGAAGCACGACGAAAGAGGGACGAUCAUAGAACGUUAAUAUACUUGUAGAACAUUGGUCUUCGUUAAAUCACAUUGCAAAGAAAAAACCCCCCCAGAAAAUAGACUUGAUGAUGUGUAUUAACUAGAUAGGUAGAGUAAGGUUGGCCCUGUACUGGCUCACGGUAACCUUGUCUACCUGCAAAGCAUCAAGCCCAAAACUUGCCCAAUUUGUGCCACUUGCGCCUGUAUUGAGAACUGGGUGUGCCUCUUCUCAAGCGCCGUAACCCGGAAGAGUCAUUGGUAUCAA